AUGUCUCCGAAAAACAUCCUAGUGUUUUUCCUGCUUCUAGUGGUGCUCACCACUGCCGCUCUCGCCGACCAUGGCCCUCCGCAUAAGCCACCGCCGCAUAAGCCGCCACCACAUAAGCCACCUCCGACAGAGGAAAGCACCACCCUUGACCAAACCCUUACCACCUUUGAUGGUGGCAAGAAGAAACCACCACCAAAAGAGAAACCUCCAAUGGAAGAAACUGCCACCCUUGAUGAGGAAACCCUGACCACCUUGGACGGUGGCAAGCCUCCCAAGAAGAAGCCUCCACCAAUAAAGCCACCACCAAAGCACAAGCCUCCAGCAGGUGUUGAGGACGCCCACAAGCCACCCGGUGGUUAUAGCCGUAGGCCGCGGCCACCACCUUCGAACUAA